AUGCAGGAAGACACACUAGUGCUAAAGCGUGUGUUAGCUAUGAGCUUUCUAUAUGGUUUUAUUCUUUUUGCCGGCGGAAUUAGGGCUCUAGCGGUGGAGAGCGGAGAUCGCGUAGCAAGAGAUUUAGAUACCAGCACGAUCGCAGUACUGCAGUACUCCAAACCACAAGAAUCCGAAGUUCCUGAACCUCCCAGCUCCAUAGUUGACAUACUUUCGUCAAACAUCCAAUAUCUGUACUUUCUUAGACAGCUCCAGCGGAAUGGGCUAAUCCCCUUUCUCAAUUCCCUCAGUAACGUGACGCUAUUGGCGCCUGUAAAUCUGGCAUUUGCGGGCUCCUUCGGUACGAAGUUUGAUUGGGACAACAACGACCUUUUGAGAUACGUCUUAGACCAGGUUGUGGUCACGGAAAACUUGGGAAAUGACAGCGUGAUAUAUAAUACCUACUACAACAGAAACAAAGAUCAUACGAGCAAGGGCGGUUCUUACCCGGUGCUUGUUUCCCAUGUUGCUGAGCUGGACGAGUACAUAAUAGACCAAGAGGCCACCAUUGUAGAACCAGAUAUAUAUGCUCUUCAUCAGGGAAGCUAUAUUCAGGGGAUAGACAAGCUACUUUCCUUAAAGCCUGACUUCUGCCAAUUCUUGCUAGCGUCAGAUAUAGACACGGUAAAUGGCCAUGGCAUUGGGUUCAUGAAAAAGUUGUUUGCUCAGUUAUUCGAAGAGGAAUCAUCUAUAAGCGUCAGCAGCAGCGGUAAGAAAAAGAAGAAAUCCAAGAAGCAGAACCCUUUACCACUGUCCUGCGCUCAAUUCAUGAACAAAACUAAAACUUUGUUCAUACCGACAGACGACUACAUCUACCAACACCUCACUCCCCUUCAAGUGGACUACUACACCAGUUUAUUCAGCUUUCAAGAGGAAGAAGUCAGUGGUAGAAUCAUCGACGCACUGCCAUACGAUGUGACAAAGCAAGCCUUGUCGGAAACGAAACACGACAUCGUGGAUUUGCUUGAAAAUUUGAUGUUAGCCGAUUUAGUCGGUGGGGUUAACGGAACCACAUCUUCGAACAAGGACGUUAAAAUACAUACCAGCAUAGGCGGAAGAGUGGAUUACCAUACAAGCGGGCGGGAAAACUGUCGCAAACUUCGCAUUAACAAGUCUGUAGAUUCCUUACGCGACUCGACUAAUAUUGUGCUAUCCAAUGGUGUAAUACAUUUAAUUGGAGCAGAUACGUCCUCUAAGGGAGAAAAAAAGAAAGAGGAUCCUGAUGCUUUUUUCCAGUCUUCCAAUUUGCCCGUUGAGAUGAUUCCCAGGAAAGCAUUGUACGCCCUCCAUUUCUCCAAUGUCGUGGAAGAAUACUAUUUCCGGAGAUUGGACUCUAUCUUAGAUGGCAAAUCAGAGAAUCAAACAAUCAUUGUAGACGGCGAUGACAGGGACGAUAUUCCAGAUGAUGAUAUAGCAAUAUCCUCAUUCAGUUCAAAACAACAACUCCAAUAUCAAGUUCUUGACGGAGUAAUUGACCAUGAAGAAGUGAGCGAGAACGAAGAGUACUUUUUAUUGGACUCAAAGCUUUGCUCAAAGAAGAGAGUCGGAGGAUGUUUCAAGACCAAGGUCACUAUAUCAGAGGAUAAGAUAAUUACUAUCAAUGAUAAAGCUAAAGUAACCCAAGCAUAUCAAGUAUCGAAUAAUACUAUGAUAUAUCUUACUGACAAUGAAAACGAUGCACCAGGCUCAUUAAAACAUUCUCUCGUUGAGAUAAUUUCUGGAAAUGGUGGUGAUAGAUAUUGGGACCAUAUUGAUAUCGAUAGUAAAAGUUGCUUGGAAAUUUUCAAGGAAUUGAAUGGAUUUAACUUAUUUUCGUUGGAUGAAAAUGGCAAGGGAUAUUCUAUAUUCUUACCCUGUGGCAGACCUCAAGAAUAUGGGGUCGGUCAUAAGAUGUAUUCACGCGGUAGUGCUUGGGAAACUAUUGGUUUAACAUUAACCCACUUGCAAAGGAAUCGCGAAAAAUACGAAACUCUAUUAAAGGGAUUCUUCGUAGAAGGCACAAUUUAUUCUGACUUUUCAGGUAAAGGUAAGUACAAGAAUCUAAAUGGAGAUUCGUUGCGUAUCAAUACUUUGCCACAGGUGGAAACUGACCAUACUGAAAUUAGUGUUAAUGAUUCUACCGUAUUUGAGAUUCCUUUAAAUUCGGACAUCUUAUUUAACCAAGGAGUGGUGCACAUCACGAGCGAAGUAAUGUUUCCCGAUAAUCUUCUAAUCACGAUGUUAGACUUGAUCAGAGCUACUUUUGAGAAGUCAGACAAGCAUAAUGUGUUAGAUUUGAUUGAAAAUUACCCAAAGCUUGCCAAAAAAUUAUUUGGAAAGAAUGGUUCCAGUAGUGAGUUUUCGUUACUUGCGCCUGCUCCAGACUCAUUGAAGACUUUUAAUGUAUCCAGUUCGUUUGAAAAGCUUUGGGACUUCUUGGAGUUUCAUUUGGUUCCAAAUAGUGAAUUAGAGGUAUUAUUGGCCUGUGUAAAUGGACUUCCUGACCCAACGUUCGAUGGCAAUGGAACUGGGUCUUUCAGCAACAUUAGAACAAACCUUUCGGACACGACGCUUAAUUGCAAGUAUAAUCCUGAAAAGGGUAGGACAACAUUACAACUUAACAACCCCCAAGAUGUGAACUCUUUAGCAUACAGUAAGAACCACGAAGUACACGUACUUAGUCAUGGAUGUGCUAGAGGCUUUGGGAAUAAUGCGGGUGGAAAUGGGUGUGUUUUUCUUAUAGAUAAACCUCUUAACUUGUUAUGGCUCGAAAAGCCUUCGGGUAAUUUCCUCCAUGUUUCCUUGGGAAUUGUAAGUGUUGGAAUUGGUAUCGUUGUUGGGCUUGUCAUAUUCGGUGUGGUUAUGUUAUCUGUGGCAAUGUGUAUUAACAGUAAUAGCCAAAACAAAAAACAAAACCCUAAACUUAAUGGAGAUUUCUUCUCUAUUAAUACAGAGCCAAGUUUUAUGAGCGUUCGUGAAAGCUCGGACGAUAAUAGCCCAAUUUACGAUAGAGGAUAUGAGACAGAUGAUGAUAUGUUGAGAUCAGAACAUGAGAAUCUAUUACCAGCAUAUGAACUGAAGAGGAAAAGAGGUGGCAAAAAAGGAAGAAACGAUUAUUUAAAUAAUGAUGGAUAUGGGAGUACAAGAGACUCUUCAAGAAGUCCAAACGGUACAACACAUGAAGGAGGGACAAUUGGUCCUUUACCAAUUAGCAGUAAGAGUAUUACGAAUGCCCUUAAUAGGGAAAGAAAUUUGCCGAGCGUAAUGUAG